AUGUCAGAGAGUGAAAGACGUCAUGUUGAAUUGGAGAGUACGCGCUUGACCAAAAAUAUGUCUUUGACGCUCAUCCUGAGAAGCAUCGUAUGGCUAGCCCUUCACGGUGCUGUAUUUGGGGAGAAACAGACAUGGGAGAAGGAUUUGUCGUCUCAGAUGAAGAUUGAGGUUAGUACGGAUGGGUUUGAUAGCAUCCGAGUCGAUUGCUCGAAAGACUCCAUGGAAGUAACUGUGUUGAUGGAAGAAGACUUCGACGGCGUUUUGUAUACAAGAGGAAACUUCUAUGAUCAAACGGAUUCUUGCUUCUUGGACGCAAGUGGUGGACGAAAAUUUGAACUUUCUUUGCCAUUCCGAAAGUGUGCCUUUAAAAAGGAAAAUGAAACUUACACCGCGACAUUGGUGGUUCAGCAUGAUGAUUUCCUCAUUUUCCCUGGGGAUCUUGCGUUUGAGCUUCGCUGUGAUAUGAAUCCGCAAGAGUUCGUGGUUUCUGGGAAACUUUCAGGACCUGAAGAGGUACCAAAGGAAACGUCUACCUCCAUGCCCAGUGCCAGUAUUGGGCUUGCAAAUCCGGACCCUGCUGGGGCUUCUUUGCCAAAACACCAGAAGUCAACUAUUAGCAGCAAAGAUGGUGUUGCAAUUUUCACCCCCGGUGAUGUUCGUCCACGGAAGAAAGUAAAACUAGAAAAACAAAUUGAUACGGUGAAAGGAGAAGGAAAAGUUUUCAUGGAAAAGCUGGAACUUUGACAUAAAUGAAUUGACAUUUUUGUAAAAAGUGUACA